AUGGCUAGCCAUAACUACUGCUCUGGAAACGGCAACUCCGGAUCUCUCAGAAAUGCCUGCCAUCUUCCAGUCACCCCCUCCAUCGCCUUCUGCUCUGCGAACAUGGGCUGUGGGGAUGCCCUCUGCUUUCCAGGUAGCUGUCAAGAUCAUACCUGGAUCGUGAACAACUGCCAAGAGACCUUUGGAGAAUCUGCUGGUGGCCAGCCAGCCAACCACGAAGCCAACAACUGUGAAGGCUCUUGCUAUUCUUCUACAGCUUACUAUGUGCCCAGACCCUGCCAAGGAUCUGGUUAUCUUCCUGCUUCUUCCUUCAUCUCUGGCUCCUGCAUCCCAGCAUCCUGUAGACCUGUGAGCUAUGUUUCCAGCAGCUAUCGGCCAAUGAGCCCUCUCAUCAACAGCUGCCAGCCCAUAGGCUGUGUGUCUGGUGGCUAUCGCCCAGUCCCCUGUGUAUCCAACAGCUGCCGACCCCUGGGUGUUGUCUCUUAUGGAUGCAGACCCACAAGCUGUGUGAACUAUGGCCCUCAGACCAUCCAUAUUGUGCCCAGCAGCCUGAGACCUCUGCAGCCUUACUCCAGUGCUUGUCAACCGCUGACCCAUGUGGUCAGCACGAGCCGCCCUGGCUGCUCUGCACAGGGAGGUCGGUAA